AUGGCCAUGUUCGACUACACAGACUUUGACCAGGUCUUUGGAUCUCAGGCUUUUCCCUACGACCGCAAGUCGAUCCAGGAAAUCGACACGUUCAGGAAAAGCCUCGAUGGCGCUCUCUUCAUUGACAGGGUGCUGAAGGCCCUUGGCCUCACGAAGGCCAAGACGUAUCCUCCCAAGACCGAUAAUGCUCUGCGCACCCUCCACCAGCACCUUUGCGAGGCCAACAUUUCGACCCACCACCGUCUCUCCAUCUUCUACUACAUCCUCCUCGACUUCGACACUAGCCAGACGAGAGCGCAAGCUUCAUCGAGAUUCGCAGUCGCUUCGGGCGUCCCCAAGAACUAUCAGAUCUUUAUGAAGGGCCUGUGGCUGCUGGAUCAUCAGCAAUUCGAGAAAGCACUCGAGUACAUCGCCCAUCCGUCGCUCACGACCGACUUCGCCGACGAGAUCAUGACUGCGCUUGUGCGACACGCUCCCGAAGGCGACUACACUCUGCCCCUCUCCUACUUCCACACCGUGCAGCCCAUCCUGAAGACGUCGGAAGCGCUCGAGCUGCUGUUUAACGCGAUGGCGAGAACCAGUGUUACCGAGGCAUUCUACUAUUCAAGGACGCACUCCGAGUCCGUCCGGGGUCAGCUCUUCCGCCAAUUGGUGUCCUCAGUCCUCAGUUCCCCUCUCAGCGAAGAGACUGCUGCUAGAGCGACCGAGCUGAUUGGUCUUCCUUUCGAUGCCAUGGAGGAGGAAUGGUUCGAGGAGUUCCUCACCCAAGAGGACGGCAAGAAGCUCAAGAGAGCCAAGGACACGCUUAUCAUGCGCAAGAUCGUCACUGGCCGCUUGAGUGAAGCUGUCCAGGACAAGAGCCUGGGCAGCGGCUGGGGAAUGGUGCAAGAGGGCGUCAAGAGCGGACUGGGCGGCCGCGCAGCAGAAUAA